GCUCUAGUCUUGCGACUGAAAGGAUUACGACAUCCGCAGAAGCCGAACAUUUUAUUCACAUCGAAGUCUGUUCAGGAUCGCUUAGCAACGUUCACUUGAUAUCAGAAUCCAAAACAAUGAGACGCAAUGAUAUAAUGCACUAGCAAUACUGAAGAGCGUAGAACUAGCGAAUGUCUGUUUUGGUUGGGACCUAGGUACAUUGGCGUCUCACGUGACUCAUCUCAACUCGCAACCGAUUCACCUAUUGACAAACAGAACGACAAUUUUCACCAUUCACAUGUUGAAGCGCUCUACCAUUUAUCGACUUAAGUUGGACCAAGCCUCAACCUCAAUAUCUCUGUACUAUCUCGUCAAUAACAGUCUACUGAAUCUCGUUCACCGUGGUGGUUGGAGAUUGCUAAGCCCAGCUCUUGCUUGCUCAAAAGCCACCCUACUUCCUUGCGAUUCCAUAACCCGGUUUCUGCUAAUUGACAGUCAGACCUUGAGAAGCAACAAGACGUGACACCAUGUCUUUCAGAGACAACAGCUCUAUCGAAGACAAUGGUGGUGACGAGAAACAAGUAAUUACAGCUGAUACAAACACCAAACGCCACGAGGGUAUCGAUUCAUCGAAAGCCGGAUCCGACAGCUCUCAGGAAUCGACUACUGUUGUAGACGUUCGGGGCAGCCUUGAUGCUCACCAACAGCCUCAUACGCCGACAAGCUCUUCGUCUACUACCCAAUACGUAUCCACUCCUCGUGGCACUUUGAAACGAAGGCGCUCCGCGAAGACCAAUCCUCCUUUUGCUAUCAAGGGCGUACGGAUGGCAGACAACCCCAAGCACACCUUGAAUAGCUUAGCCGAAGUUGGCAAGCCCGAUGACUCGAAGAUGCGGUUCAAACUGAAGAUAAUCGGUGGAGGAUACACCAAGGCAUUCAGAUUCGAGGGACGUAAGAAUCCCGAAUGGGACAACAAGGAGUGGGUCAAUGAGCUCAACAAAUGGCGCAUCAAAAUCCUAAAGAGAUACUUCAAGGCCGAAAAUGCAGCUACGAACAACAAGAAGUCUGGUCCUCGGGUACGCUGGUCUUAUGCGGAGUUGGAGUACUUGCGGAUGCAGAUCAGAAAAAGAGUUCGGUUCACUGGCACAACUCUUAGUGGCAAGGAUUGGAAGAAGCUCACAGAACAGCACAACGAAAGAUUCCAAGGAAAGAUGGUCAGAGUUGGUGAGAAACUCGCGGGUGGAAGAGUUGCUGUGACUGAUCAAAUCAUCGAAAGACGAAGCCAGGCUGCCAUGACCGCCUUGUACGGGAAAUACGACGAUUUAAGACAGAUCGUUCACGAGGAAAUUACAGCUUUCGGCACCGAAGCGUCAGAUGACACCCCAGCAAGCUACAACUCAUCCCAAGAAUCGAAUAUCUUUGAAGAUUCUGAUGAAUUUGAUGGCUAUGAUGAAGAUGAGAGUGGAAUUGUUGACUACGACUUGGAAAACAGUUCUGAUGAUGAAGAUGAAGGUCGGCGUCCUAUUGGACAACCUGUAGGAGGAAGGCUUGUUACAGCAGCUUCGUAGGCGGAAGUGGAUUUAUGCCAAUCCUUCAAGUUUUCAAAACGCGCUGCAGAAAUGCGGUCGAAACCCCUUUGAGAUAUUCCGGAUUAGUUAUGAUUGGCGUUUUUUUUUUCAGUCUCCCUGCACUCGAUUCUUUUCAUAACAAAGCAUUUGCCAUUAGUGUCUCUGGUAUUUUGCCUUCAGUGUGUGCAUUCAUUACCACGACAGAGUUCCCCUCAGUAAGCUAUGAAUUACAAAUAGAUAAUUUAACUCUGA